AUGUGCCGAUUAAAUCUUCCAUGUGAUCUAAGCAGUGUUGUUGUACAGAUCGAUGUGGGAGAAACCAAAACCUCGUUCGAUGUGCUUUUGGAGCUCUUGUGUACCUACUCGCCGUACUUUGACGACCUAUUCUUUAAGCGAUUUGAGGAGGCUAUCGCCGAGCCGUGCAUUUUCUUUCCAGACGAUGAUCCGCAAGUCUUUGCCCAAAUUAUUCUGCAGAUGUAUCGCGGCGAAAGUUCUCUUGAAGCACUUGGGUGCAAGAAAAUGGAGUUCCUGGUUUGGUUGUGGAUUAUGGCUGUCAAGCUGGAAAUGGCCGACUUAGAGAACUUGGUUAUGGCUAUUUGCAAGCAAAAAGCCGACCAAAAGCCAACGGCUAUUCUGGCCCGAGAUACGGUCAAUCACAUCUAUUCCCAUACCUUACCUCAAUCCCCAAUGCGAGGCUUAGCUGUGGAUAUAUGGGCGCGAAGCGCCACGACAAAAAGCUUCGAGGAGAAAAAAGGGGGGGUCUCGCAGCCUUUCCUCGAAGACCUCUGCACUGAAUUGAUUACGCAAAGAGAGAGUAUGGGAUUGCCCACAAAUUGGACGUCCUUUCCUGAGGACCGCCAUCUCACUCUUGCCUCGCCUUUGACUGACAAGGACGGACAUGCUUUGCCCCCACAAGAGGCGGCCGAAGUCAGGCAUACAGCUACCGAGGGUCAAAUGAAGUCAAGGAAAACUAAAACGCCCCACUCGCGGAGAACUGCCAAGUCAAGAAUAUCGGCUUCAGCCGCGCCCAUUCCCGGGGAAUUUCAGGAACAACAUAAUAUGGACGAGGAUUUCACUCAAUUGAACAUCCAAAACCAAUGA